AUUUUCAAUCGCCCAAACCAAACCCCCAAACACGACUCGAAAACCAAACCGAAGCCAAAGUCCUCACAUGGAGAAGCCGUCCUAGGCACUGCUCCCCCGGACGCAUACGACCCGCCGAGGAGAGGAAGGAAGCAGGCGAGGAAAGAGCGAGCAGAUUUGCCGGUGCCGGCGCGGGCGUCGUGGGGGGAGCAGCAGCAAGAGCAGCUGCUACGGAAUUCCCUGCAGCCACCCACCCCAGACCUGCAAAUUCCCCUCCACCAGCUCGCACACAGCUUCGCUCUUCUUCCCCCCUCCUGCAGGCGGCGCGCGAAUGAUGAUCCCGAGGGAGCAGCCAACGCCGCGCGAAGACUAGGAGGACUGGCGGCCGAUCCCGUCUAACCCCGCCGGCCGCUGCGGGUGGCGGCUGCAGCGCCCAAGAUGAUGGAAAGUCAUCAAAUCGAGAUGGGGGCUUUCAAGGCAAACGGUCCGCAGGUGCCAAAUGGCGGGCUGUCCAGCGUGGUUCAGACCUGGAGCUUGCAGAGACCUGUGGAGAGAGUACUGCAGAGCAUCAGGACAGUAAUAUUCACGUCCAAGCUCAACUUGCUGUUGCCGUUUGGGCCUGCUACGAUCAUUCUGUACUACACUACAAGGAUGCACGGAUUGAUUUUCCUUUUCAGCAUGCUAGGAAUAACACCACUAGCCGAGCGGUUGGGUUAUGCAACUGAGCAGCUCGCGAUAUACACUGGUCCAACACUCGGAGGCCUUCUGAAUGCUACAUUCGGAAAUGCAACUGAGAUGAUAAUAGCAAUAUAUGCUUUGAAAAAUGGAAUGAUCCGAGUAGUUCAGCAAUCACUGUUGGGUUCUAUUUUAUCAAAUAUGCUAUUGGUAGUUGGCUGCGCUUUCUUUGCUGGUGGUAUUGUUCAUCGCAACAAAGACCAAGUCUUCAGUAAGGCAACUGCUGUUGUUAACUCAGGUUUACUGUUGAUGGCUGUUAUGGGACUGAUGUUUCCUGCUGUCCUUCAUUUCACACAUUCAGAAGUGAAGCAAGGGGCUUCUGAGGUUGCUCUUUCAAGGUUCAGUAGUUGUGUUAUGCUUGUGGCAUAUGCAAGCUAUCUUUAUUUUCAAUUAAGUGGACGGAACAACAGUUACAGUCAAAUUGGCAGUGAAGAGGUGCCUAAUGAGGAUACUACAGAGGAAGAUGAAGAAACGGAGAUUAGCAUGUGGGAGGCCAUCACAUGGCUUGCUGUGUUAACGAUAUGGAUUUCUGUCCUAUCUGAAUACUUGGUUAAUGCCAUUGAGGGAGCAUCUGAUUCAUUGAACCUACCAGUGGCUUUUAUCAGUGUUAUUUUGCUUCCUAUCGUGGGCAAUGCAGCAGAACAUGCGAGCGCAAUAAUGUUUGCCAUGAAAGAUAAGCUUGACAUAACAUUAGGUGUUGCAAUUGGAUCGUCAACGCAGAUAUCAAUGUUUGUGAUUCCAUUUUGUGUCGUCGUUGGUUGGAUGAUGGGGCAAAAGAUGGACUUGAAUUUUCAACUAUUUGAGACAGCGACUCUCUUCAUAACAGUACUUGUUGUGGCAUUUAUGCUACAGGAUGGCAUUGCAAACUAUUUGAAAGGACUCAUGCUGAUCUUGUGUUAUCUAAUAGUUGCUGCCAGUUUCUUUGUUCAUGUUGAUCCACAAUCCAGUGAUGAUUGAUGCCACCAACCACACCUGUAAUUAGUGUACCAAAUACCCUUGAAAAGACAUCUUAUUUUGAUGAGCUGUUCUGCUUCUCCACGGCAAAAGUUCAGCCUGUCUGAAGCAGCAUCUUGGCACGAGUGACUCGGAAACAGUCACGCUUCUUGCGCUUUCUUCUUAAUGGAAAUGACACGCCGCUCGGCGUGUUCGAGAAAACAAACGGAAGCUCUGAGGAGGAGGAGGAGGAGAUCAUAGUGUAUACAGUAUACAGAAACGAACAAGGCCGCCCACUGUAGUAAGUCGGUUGGUAUUCAAUUGAUUGAGUUAAUAUGGCCCUUUUUUUCCUUUUCCGUUUUUUUGUCGGAGUCAGUUGUUUGGAUACUCCAUCAUCACACAUGUUCUUCAACCUUCCAUACAUGUGAAUAUUCAGGCCAAUUAAUCAGUUCUCAUGGUGCCUAUAUCAAGCAUCAUAUCCCA